UAAAUUUAAUUUUCAUUGUUGUCAGUUGGAUUUAAUUCCAUGGGUAUACGUUGUAAAGCAAUUUGAUGUAAUAAUAUGUAGAAAAAUGGAGGGACCAAAGACAGGAAAUGUACAACAGUGCAACGAUGACCCAGCCACGUCUCUGCAGCCCUUCAUUACAAAAUUAGGUCAUGAGCUGCAAGAAAUACGAGUCCGUGCACUCAAGACCAUCCUGUUUAAACUGGAGCACAAGUUAAUCUGCACAGCUGAUUUGGUGCAGGAACGUGAUCUACUGAUACGACUGAUGGAGUGGUUUAAUUACCCUCAAGCUCCCAUGAAGAAAGAUGUGUUAGGCCUGAUAGAGACGUUAGCCAAGCAUAUUUCUGCAGCGGAAAUACUACUAAAUAUAGGUGCAGUAGAGUUCUUUUCUCAGUUGAGGCAAGACAUUGACCCUGAGUUGUAUCAAAGCGUUGAUAAUGUCACACACCAACUUUUAAGCAUCCCUCAGUCAAGUGGUAGCAUGCAUAGCGACUGGUGUUUGUAUAAACCACAAAAUGAACACAACAAAAAACAAGUUUGUGUUGAUGAGAAAUUCAAAUCUCACUCAUACAAUGUGUUGUCAACUGUACAAAACCCCUCCAAUAUUCUGACCAGUCGUAGUGCUCCAGUAUUGCUUGGUAAACCAGUGGGAUACUUUGAGGAAACUCCUGCAAAUGUCGUCCAUAGCACAACACCGUCGUCAAUGGAAAAUGCUUCAAGAUCUCAUGAUUCCUUCAGUACCAGUGGCACAUUGACAUACUUCCAGUGGCUCCCUCUGUCGUCGAGUGACAGGCACAUCAUGACUGUUACAGACACCAGACUUCACAAUAGCAGUCCUACUUUGGUAGCAAAGUCCUGUGAGUUCCUGGCUGACGUCCUAUUCAAAGAUUUUCCUGCAGAAAUCUUUCUUCAAAGACCAAAUGUCUUCAAGAGUCUGCUUGACCUACUGGAGUUCCGCAGUGAUGGUACAUGUGUACCAAUUUGUGCAAUACACUGUCUUAAAGAACUGUGUUGUCAUAUACAUGCUAGACUGAUGGCAACAUCAGACCCUUCUCUAUUUUGUCCAGACAGAGAUUGCUGGAAGUCGCAUGUAAUAUCAAGAGAAAUCUCAAGUGAGAUUAACCAAGAGGAUCAGUACCCACAGCAACGUGGCAGUGGUGAUGGUGGUCACGGAAGUGAUGCUCUGUCUUCAAGCUCGUCAGAACAAGGAAUUAGUACAAUGGAUGAAGAAGAUGACAUCACAAUCCAAGCAUUACAGCACUGCCAGCUUGCAGUAGAAGAGAUGUGUGUCAUACUGCUUGCGCAUUUGCUUGAAUUUCUCAGAGGACCACUAAGCAGUAACCUGCAAGCCGUGACAAGUGCAUUAGAACUACUCAUUCACGUGGGAGAUUUGCUAAAGAUUGUUGCACCAGAUCAGAUUUGGAUAGAAGGAUCUCAAGCUAAUGUGGUUAUGGCAUCAAGUCUUUCAUCAAGUUUCAAACACCUUGGUGAGGUAAUAGUGCAUCAUAUACAGCACAGUGGAUAUCAAGGCCAUUCCACUGAAACACCACCUACUCUAGCCACUCACAGGGCUGCAGUCAUGGGUUUAGGAGCUUUUUUAGUUCAGCUUCUUCAUGUGCUUGUCCCUCUUGAUCAAGCUUGCACAGUUAUUCCCACUGAUACAGUCACAGUAAUAUGGCUUCUUGCCAUGGACUUUAUUUGGUCAAAGACACAUCCAAACACUCAUGGUAGCUUGCUACAAUACCUGGAAAUACUGGACCAGAACUCAUUCAAGACAUACAUGCAUUGUAGAGAUGUAUGUGAAUCAUUUCAAAGUUCUUGUAAACUCCUGAAGACCCUUAAUUCAGAGAUCUCAUCCAACCCUGCUGCCAAAUUAACUCUAGUAGAAGAGUCAAUGUCUGGUCUUGCAUAUCACAAAUCAACACGACUUAUUACAGAAUCCAUCAGGCUUUGCAGCAAGGCUUGCACCCCUAACACUUCCCCAACAAUCAUUCAAACAGCUCACCAAAUAACCCUCAGGAUGCUUGCCCACUACGACAAGGACAUUAGACACAAAGGGUACAAGGAGUGCCUGGGCGUGGUCAGAGAGUCGUUGCAUAUCAGUCAUGUUACGCAUCCAAUGUCUAGUGUAUGUAAUGGCAUCCUUUUUCUGCUGGAUAAAAGUGUCAUGAAGGAAAUUUGUUGCUUUGGGUUGUAUGAUUCUGCAACAGAGGUUCAAUCUUUGGUGGUGGAUUUACUAGAAACACUAUUCUUGGGCCGCCUGAGCAUGACAACUCAACUAUGGAAAAAACUUCUUAAUGCAAUUGUCCCUUCACUACCCUACUUAGAAGGCUUUAUUGGUACCCACCCCACCCUAGACCAAAGCAUAUUAGAGGUCAUUGUAGCUACCGAAGCUCAUAAUGGUCACAUUACAGCAGAUGGUGAAGUUCUGUUCCUUCAACCACUAGAUCAGCUUAGAGGGGRGUUAAGACUGAUGCUUUUGAAAGACCCCAAUGUUAGGACGCAGGGUUUAGCAGUCGUUGUUGGACACUUGACAUCAGACAAGACAAAGUCCUGGGGACAAAGACUAUUUCAAAGUAAACAAUCGGAGAAUCUUCGUGAUUUGUUUAUCGUCGAUCAGUUAACAUCAACUAUGAACUCACAUGCAGCUGUCAGUCACCCCAGCGUGGAGAAGGCUGAAAUAACUAAAUUGUGGUCUAUUUAUUCCUCCAAGAACAUGGAUUGGAAUAUCAGGAAAUCUGCUGCAGAACAACUGGCUAUUAUUUUACAAGAUCCAGACUGGCAUCCUGUCUUACUGGAACUCAAAGCAGAUGAGGCCACAUUAGAAAUGUUGCUAGAAAUCCUUGAAAAUUGUGCCUGUACCCAUACCCCAACCACACCCUCCCCUAGUAUAGACAUAGUACCCCCUUGUCUGAAAAUUCUCAGAUUAUUGGCAGAAUACAGCUGGUCUUGUCGUGGUAGCCUGGCAAGGAAAUUGUCAAUGUAUACUGUGGUUGUUAUGUGUGCUAUAGUGUGCCGUCACAGCGUACAAGUGAAUUAUGAAGCAGCGUGUCUUCUUACUUUACUGUUGUUUGAUGAAGCUGCGCCUUGUGAUGGGGGUAGAAAAAGUGUGUUCAGUCUUCCUUCAAGUCUGAUCAAAAGGUACCAUCUUCCCUUCAAUCCAAAAGUGCAUGAGCCAAUCAGUGACCACCAGAACCCAGUCUUUCAAGACCCAGAUCCUCUCAAGUCUUACCCGGCCUUGUCAAUGCUUCGAUUUUCCUGGAACCUAGCCUGGCAUGAGAGUCUGGAUCAAUUGUGUGGAAUUGAAGGAAUUGAAGAGGCUUCACCACCAACUAAAAGUCAAUUGUAUUGCAAUGAUCUUGCCUGGCGCAGUGUUGACCACCAGAUUCUUUGCUGCAGCCAUACAAAGUGGUGGCUUGCAGAUAACCUGUCCAGCAUCAAUAAAGCCACAUGGCAUUACCCUGCCAAGGUAGCUAUGAAUAGGCUCUACACUGCCAUAGUCAGUGAUUUAAGUCAGUCAUCAAGAGAGAACAAAACAGCUGUUGAAAAGUUAUAUACUUUGCAUUGGCAAGAGGCUUUAGAAAGGUAUCUUCUUGUCCUCCCUAACAGCACAGAAGAUGAUGAACUACUUAUAGAAGUAUUGCAGAUCCUGUCUAGUAUGCUUACCAGUCCUUCUCAACCUCCUAUAUCCGUUGUGGCCUGGAUUACAAGGGUUACUGUCCAGAGUGAUAGUCCAUUGGUGUCGUUACUCAGAAGUAGCAUGGUGCAUGCUGGGAAUGGUUCUUCGAAAGAUGUCAUUGAAUCAAGAAGGACCUUGAGGAAGACAAUCUUGCAAUUCUGUGGACAUCUCACAUGUCAUCUUCUUCACUCAACACAGCCAUGGCGAUGUGACGGGGAGCGUGUUUUGAUUGGUGAAAUAGCUCAUUCUGUCAUUUUAAACCUUGACCUUGCYGAUAACCCCUCUUACUAUGACCUUCCUGUACUGGAGAUUGCCCUGGAAUGCCUAAGUCAUGUGACAAGCCGUAGCCAAUGGAGUUUGCAGUCUAAGAGUCAAGAUUCAUUGGGUCUGUGCACAAAUAUGUUGACAUCUCUGAUUCAGGUUGUGACUGCAUUUCAUGCUGGACGUCUGGGUUCAACAACGUCAUUCAUGGGCAAAGGUGUGACCUAUCAUGCCAGUCUGUGUCUGGUUCACCUUGCGCAUGAAAUGAAAACCAGUGCACCAACAAUGUCUUGGAUAUUACCAUGGAUAAAUCGUGACGACUCCGAUGCCCACCCUUUUACAUGGUUGGUCACCCUGUGGUCAGACCUUUCACCUGAAGUACGCUGGAUGGGUCUAAGCAUUUCAACUACUUUAGCUAGUACAGUGGAUGGCCAUAUAAGUCUAAUACAAGCCUUACAGGGGGUAGUAGGGGGAGUUAUUGGUAUUGGUUUGUCUUUGAUGUUGGAUGAUGGAGAAUGUGGUAUGGUUAGGACUCAAUCUGCUCUUCUUUUAUGCCACCUGGUUGAAAAUCUUGUUCCUGAGAAAUCAAAACAACAUAAUGAAAACAAAAAAUCCCUUCCAGAGAUUUCAACUCUCAGGGCAUUGCUGGACCACUUCAAGUUAUUCACUAGAAUGCAGUCAAUCCUUUCAAGUUUUUCCACAGGCAAACUUUCCUUUAAAGUGAUAAGUUCCCGUGCUUGUCAGAGCUCAGCAUCCAUUUCAGUGUCAACAACAAGCUCCUUCAUCCCAUAUCAGCAUAUCCCAUCUAGUUCCCAGUCUAUCAGUCUUGUAUCAGACACUGCCCACAAUGCACCUCAGACCCAGUCCCCUUUGCCAAAUGGGAUGAGUAGUCCUGGGGAACAAUCCAUGGCAACCCUGUCAAAUGGCAGUGUAUUGUCUUCAAAUGCUUCUGGACAUACACAGGAAUCCCACAUUGCUAACUCUCUUGUUCCAUUGCUAAAUGAAAGAGGUUUACCUAGUGGGAUGUCAACUUCUUCCAGUAAUAGCAACAUGCCUUCAGUAGCUGGCUCAUUUACAUCACAAGGGACAUCAUUAAUGUCAUCUCUCACGCCAGCCUUUGUUGGAGCACUUGCACAGUUAAUUCAGACUCUAGUAACUGUCGAUGGUUCGCAUACAAUCACAGCCAUUAAACAGGCUAACAUAUUGAAUAUAUUCUGGAGCCAUCUUGACUCCAGUGAGCUCCAAGCAUUUCUUCAAUCCCAGAAGGCAUCAACAGAGCCUCUGUCAUGUGCCGCAGUGGUUGUAGUUCGUGAUGUUCUACAGAUGUACACGCGUCUGGUGCAGCUAGCACAUGUGCUUGCACAUGCAGACCACACCCUCUUGUUUGACCUACAACAGUCUGUCUUUACAAUGCACAAAAUUGUUGGAUUGUUUGCUGUGAAUACACUAGACCUUGAUGACAGUCUUACCAGCCAUUGCCAUUUGCUAUGGCAGUCAGUCUCAGCUUUCCUGAUAACUAUAUUACAGUCUCAAGGUCCUGUCACUGUAUCCAGUGUURCAGAAGAAAUGGUCUACAAACACUGGUCUUCAUUUACAGAAAUCUUCAAGAGAGUGACAACCAAUUCAAAUAGUCCCUCCAUUCUACGCAAUGUCCUUCUAAAGCUACUUGGCCUGAUACUUGCUUGUGAGGGCAAGCGACAGAAAAGAAAACAAGUGUCUAAUCAAACUAGCAAUGAACUCAACAACAUGUCCCAGUUGACAGAAAUACUAGACAAAGAUGCAGAAACAAAUAAUCCAUCAAGCACUGAUUUGAAUGAUAAUCAAACAACACAUAAACCAAAUGAAGAUUGUCCACAAACAAGGCAAAGUUUAGGUUCUGUGUUGUGCUCCUGUCUGUUGGGAUGUUAUGAUAGGUUUAAACUUAAUGACAAAGCAGUGAAAGAGAAGUCACUUGUAAAGAUUUGUACAUCAGCUCUUCUUGCUUUGAGUUUGACAGCCAAACGCAUUGCUCAAAAUGAAGGCCUUGUAGAGACUACCAUUGAGAAUAUAAAACACUUGCAUGUACAACUCAAUCUGGAUUCAUUACAGCUAGGCAGAGAACCUGCUUGGAAGAAAAAGGAAAAUCCAGUCAUUGAAGAGAUCAUUAGUGAACUUGAUCUUUUAGAAAACUUUAUUCAUCGGUAUCAUGAUGGCAAGCUGGUUUGUUUAGAAUGCAAUGUCAUUGAUGUACUUCACAAACUGUGGUCAUGGUGUAGUGUGGAGGUGUCUUUAAGACUCUGUAUAAUUUCAUUUUUAUGUACUCUUACUGCUAAAUGUCCCAAAGCAUCUAUUUCCAUUGGCGGCGAUGGCAGUUCAUCUCGUGCGAGCCAAUCAGGUUCAACAUUUCUUAACAGCUUGCUUAAAUCAACUUUGGUGUCCAGUAAUAAGGUCCUUAGUAGCCAAAUAUGCCAUGACCUGGAUAUGCAGCUUGCUACCUUUAAAGCUUUAGCAGGACUUCUUUCAAAUCUUGUUCUAACUGGGGAAUGUCGUGGCAUCAUUUGGAAGAGCAAUUUUUUACAACAAUUUUCCAAACUUAAACCGCUGAAGCCACCCCAAGGCCGCCCUAGAAACAUCCAGCGUAUAGUGGGUUUGUCAUGGCUGUCAAUCUUAGUCAACUUGACAUUCUUCACUGAUGGCCAGCAAAUGGUGAUGAAGGUUCCUGGAUGUGUCAGCAUUUUAAUGGAAUUCUGCCGUGUUUCACAAGGAAAACACGCCGCCAGCGACACUGCGCUGUUGGUGUUGAGGAAUUUGUGUUUCCAUGGUAGCAGUAAAUCUGUACUUUUGGCAAAUGAUGCACUUGUCAACCACUUGAUAUCAAACAUUAACAAUGCAUCAUCGUAUACAAGUGCCUUAGCUGCAUCUGCCAUGUGGAGCUUGCUGCAUAAUAAUCAGAAGGCAAAAGUCACAUUAAAAAACUCUGGCUUACAGAAAAAACUUGAAGAAUUAAAGAUCAAAUUUGACAAAGCACCAUUAAUGCAAGAUGACAAAUAUUGGAAGCUCUACAAACAUGCACUGGACAACCUCAGUAUGGUAUUGUAAAAGAGGCUUUCAUAUCAUUUCAAAAACUCAUUAAUUAUUCAUGAGGUAUUCAGCCAAUCCCUGAUUGUAAUUUGUACCACGUGAAGUAACUUGA